ACAGUUUCUCCUAGCAACCUGGCGGGCGUUGAUCAGAGCCGCGGGCGCGAUGGACGCGGAAAGCCUCCUGCUAUCGCUGGAGCUGGCGUCCGGCAGCGGGCAGGGGCUCAGCCCCGACCGUAGGGCCUCGCUGCUCACCUCCCUUACGCUGGUGAAGCGCGACUACCGCUACGAUCGGGUCCUCUUCUGGGGCCGCAUCCUCGGCCUCGUCGCCGAUUACUACAUCGCGCAGGGCCUGAGUGAGGACCAGCUCGCACCACGCAAGACUCUUUACAGUCUGAACUGCAUGGAGUGGAGCCUCCUGCCCCCUGCCACGGAGGAGAUGGUGGUGCAGACGUCUGUGGUGAAGGGCCGCUUCAUGGGGGACCCCUCACAUGAGUAUGAACACACCGAGCUGCAGAAGAUGAGUGAGGGCGAGAAGGUCUUUGAGGAAGAAGUAGUGGUCCAGAUCAAGGAAGAGACCCGCUUGGUGUCUGUCAUCGACCAGAUUGACAAGGCUGUAGCGGUCAUCCCCCGAGGAGCCCUUUUCAAGACCCCUUUUGGACCUAUCCAUGUCAAUCGGACCUUUGAAGGACUGUCCUUGUCUGAAGCCAAGAAGCUUAGUUCCUACUUCCACUUCAAGGAGCCUGUUGAGUUGAAGAACAAGACCUUGCUUGAGAAGGCUGACCUGGACCCUUCCCUGGACUUCAUGGACCCCUUAGAGCAUGACAUUCCCAAAGGGUCCUGGAGCAUCCAGAUGGAGAGGGGCAAUGCCUUGGUGGUGCUGCGCAGCCUGCUCUGGCCGGGCCUCACCUUCUUCCAUGCUCCCCGCACCAAGAACUAUGGCUACAUCUACGUGGGCACCGGCGAGAAGAACAUAGACCUCCCCUUCAUGCUGUAGGAAGGGGGCCAGAUGGGCCCAUGUAGGAAGCAUCUACAAUUUACUUUCAUAAAUGGCUGUGAACUUGG